AUGGAAGCAACCGAAAAGCCCCAUCAUUUGAUUGUAGGUCAGGCUGCCUGGUGGAUACCAGCACCAGCAGCAACAUUACAGACAUCUAUCAUGGACACGGUCAUGGUCGCGACUCCAUCGGAGGAUACACAGAAAUUGUCAUUUGCCGCCGCGUUAAAGGAUUUCCUGGAAAACCUGUCAUUUCAUUGUUACGGCAAAUUAGUCGAGCACGCACGAUGCAUUCAGGAGCGCUUCUUCUGGCUCAUUUUCCAUACGAGUGCCCUGAGCGUUCUAAUUGCAUUCCUCUGGGGUACAUAUAAAUGUGAGACAGAGACUCUGGUUACCACCAUGUAUGACCCUUUGUAUCCCAUUUGGAAGGUGGAGUUUCCAGCGGUAUCAAUUUGCAGCUUUAAUCGUAUAUCAAAGAGAGCCAUUUUGCGCUAUGCCGAAGAAUUGAGCAUCAAGGAUCCCAAGCAUCGAAAUGUUAGCUAUUUUUACGAUGAGCUACAGGCUUUUGGCUAUCUGUACUACACUCCGGAUAGUCCCAUCGAUUACUAUCGAGCUUUUCGAUUUCAAGUGUUUCUCAAUAAUUAUGAUACUGAACUCCAUGAGAUGUUUUAUAACACAAGAAGACGUAUGAAUACCCUAACACCAAAUUGUAGUGAACUGUUUGUCUCUUGCCGUAUGGCAGGACGACAUUUCGAUUGUCUGGAACAGUUUGAGGAGACCUUGACAAGUCAUGGAUUUUGCUGCACCUUUAACUAUGAUGGCAGAUAUGUUAAUGAACGCUCCUAUAGACAACGUUACUUUGGAGCCGAGAUGGGUUUGGUGGUGACUCUGAAGACGGAUCCAAGUGAUAACUUUUACAAAUUACAUCCCUCAAACAGUUUUCCGGAUCCAUAUUCUGGUGGAGUGGCCGAACGUUUUGCCCAGACAGGUCUGAAUACCCUGCUGCCAGUACGUGCAAAAAUCUUUGAGACGGUGCCCGAAGCUCGCAGCAUGAGUCCCACAGUGCGCAAAUGUCUUUUCGAGAAUGAGAUGCCACUUGUGUUUGCUCGUCAUUAUUCAUUUAGUAAAUGCAUUUCCGCUUGCCGUGCUCGGAGCAUAAUCGGUUUGUGUGAAUGUGUCCCCUUCAGUGUGCCCCAUCGAUAUUAUUCUGGUUCCGAGGGACGAGUCUAUUGUACACUGGAGCACAUGGAAUGUCUCCGACGCUAUGAGUUCAAAUGGCUGAACGUCAUCACCAGUCGUGCAAAUGUUACCGGCCUCGAGCACGAAAUGGAGGAUUCACUUUACUGUCCCGAUUGUCUGGCAUCAUGCACGGAAACGCGUUACAGUGUCCGUGGGGCGAUGACAUUGUCUUUGCCUGCAUUUUAUUUGGAUUUGGCUGAUUGGAAUGUUGGCUACAAAAAUACCAACAAGAGGCGCAACUUCUCCAGCCACCUACAAUCCCGGAGCAGCAGUAGCUACGAGUUGGCCGUGGUUCGUAUAUAUUUUGCCGAAACGCAUAUUCAAUAUUUUCGGCAGAUUAUUAAAAAUGCCUGGUAUGAGACGUUCAGUACAAUUGGCAACAUCUGUGGCAUCAUAGCUGGCUUCUCAUUGAUUGGCAUCUGCGAGCUGCUGUUUUUCCUUGCCAAACAAUUAUGGCUCGCAUGCAAAGCAGAACUGAAGGCGGAACUCCGUCAUGUCCAUAACCGGGCUAAUGGCCGUGCAAAGGCAACUCAACAACAAGGGGCGGAUCAGGUGCAGGACUCGAGUCAAUCUAUGGAGUUGCUUAUACUGCCGUAA